GACAAGUAAAGUUUGAACCAGCUUCUCCAUGGCCUGGGCACCAGUUCCCGGCUGAGCCAUUUUCCUUUUGGCUAAAAGCCCCCGCCCAGAGGCCAGUUCGUCGCGGCGGCGGUGGAGAUCGCAGGUCGCUCAGAGGCAAGGUCUCACUCUGUCACUCAGGCUGGAGUGCAGUGGUGUGAUCAUAGCUCACUAUAACCUCAAACUCCUGAGCUCAAGUGAUCGUCCUGCCUCAGACUCCUGAGUGGAUAGGACUACAGGCUUGCAGAUGGGUCAAGGGUUGUGGAGAGUGGUCAGAAACCAGCAGCUACAACAAGAAGGCUACAGUGAGCAAGGCUACCUCACCAGAGAGCAGAGCAGGAGAAUGGCUGCGAGCAACAUUUCUAACACCAGUCAUCGUAAACAAGUCCAAGGAGGCAUUGACAUAUAUCAUCUUUUGAAGGCAAGGAAAUCAAAAGAACAGGAAGGAUUCAUUAAUUUGGAAAUGUUGCCUCCUGAGCUAAGCUUUACCAUCUUGUCCUACCUGAAUGCAACUGACCUUUGCUUGGCUUCAUGUGUUUGGCAGGACCUUGCGAAUGAUGAACUUCUCUGGCAAGGGUUGUGCAAAUCCACUUGGGGUCACUGUUCCAUAUACAAUAAGAACCCACCUUUAGGAUUUUCUUUUAGAAAAUUAUAUAUGCAGCUGGAUGAAGGCAGCCUCACCUUUAAUGCCAACCCAGAUGAGGGAGUGAACUACUUUAUGUCCAAGGGUAUCCUAGAUGAUUCGCCAAAGGAAAUAGCAAAGUUUAUCUUCUGUACAAGAACACUAAAUUGGAAAAAACUGAGAAUCUAUCUUGAUGAAAGGAGAGAUGUCUUGGAUGACCUUGUAACAUUGCAUAAUUUUAGAAAUCAGUUCUUGCCAAAUGCACUGAGAGAAUUUUUUCGUCAUAUCCAUGCCCCUGAAGAGCGUGGAGAGUAUCUUGAAACUCUUAUAACAAAGUUCUCACAUAGAUUCUGUGCUUGCAACCCUGAUUUAAUGCGAGAACUUGGCCUUAGUCCUGAUGCUGUCUAUGUACUGUGCUACUCUUUGAUUCUACUUUCCAUUGACCUCACUAGCCCUCAUGUGAAGAAUAAAAUGUCAAAAAGAGAAUUUAUUCGAAAUACCCGUCGCGCUGCUCAAAAUAUUAGUGAAGAUUUUGUAGGGCAUCUUUAUGACAAUAUCUACCUUAUUGGCCAUGUGGCUGCAUAAAAGCACAAUUGCUAGGACUUCAGUUUUUACUUCAGACUAAAGCUACCCAAGGACUUAGCAGAUAUGGGGGUUACAUCAGUGCUGGUCAUUGUAGGCUGAGUAUACAAUCAAGCUUCAGUGUGCAACCUUUUUUUCUUUUGCCAUUUUCUAUUUUAGUAAUUUCUUUGGGGAACUAAAUAAUUUUGCAGAAUUUUUCCUAAUUUUGUUUGUCAUGUUUUGCACAAAGCAGAGCCACUAUCUAACACAGCUGUUAAAGAAUGAUAAACUGACAUUAUACUCUAAAAGAUGGUGUAUUUGUGCAUUAGAUUUGCCUGAAAAACUUUAUCCAUUUCCAUUCUUUAUACAAAUACCAUGUAAUGUGUACAUAUUUAACUAAAGAGAUUUAUAGUCAUAAUUAUUUUAUUGUAAAGAUUUUAACUAAAGUUUUUCCUUUUCUCUCAAA